CUACAUAUAUCCCCAGCAAACCGCAACUCUAUUUUCUCCUCCAAAACCCUGCUUGCAGUCUUCCUCGGAGCCUCCCUCACAAUUUCUGAUUCACCACCACAAUGGGCCGCGUCCGUACGAAAACAGUGAAGAAAUCUUCACGCCAAGUGAUUGAGCGUUACUAUUCUCGCAUGACCCUCGACUUCCACACCAACAAGAAGAUCCUAGAAGAGGUGGCCAUCAUCCCCUCGAAACGACUGCGUAACAAGAUCGCUGGGUUCUCCACCCACUUGAUGAAACGGAUCCAGAAGGGUCCGGUUCGCGGCAUCUCCUUGAAGCUUCAAGAGGAGGAACGCGAACGGCGCAUGGACUUCGUCCCAGACGAGAGCGCUAUCAAAACUGAUCAAAUUGAAGUUGAUAAGGAGACUCUUGACAUGCUUGAAGCUCUUGGAAUGAAUGAGAUUCCUGGCCUUGUCCGGGUCGAGCCGGUUUCAACACCAGCACUCGAGUUUGGGCGUGGUGGUGGAGCUAGGAGGUAUUAAAAGGGUGGAAGACUCUGUUUUUUUUUAAUUUUUUCUGGAUGCUAUUGUUUUUAUCGAAUUCUGAGGUAAAAUUUUCAUUAAAAAUGAAGAUUUUAGUUUUUUUUUUUAAUCUUCCGAACAAUUAUGGUAUUGGGUUGAAGGAGUAGUGUUCAUUUUUGGCUUUAGAAAUUAAACUGACUUGAUCCAA